AGAGGUAGUCAGCUAUAGCAAAUGGGGAGGGAGAGGCUCAUUGAAUCUAUCACAGAAGGUCCUGUACCCUAAACAUAACCUCCAACUGAUACAUAACCUAGUACCCACCCUUAGGGGUUAGAUCAGUAUUAUUUCAGUUAACGAAGACGAAUCGAAGCAACAAAUUGUCCUGUUGAAGCCCAGACACGAAUGUAAAAAAAGUUUACGAUUUUCUGAUAGAGAGGUCGUUUACAAAGUCAUGAGGGUCAUGAGAAUGAGCACCGCAUGACGGGCAGUGUCUGUGUACGCGUAUUAGGACGGAAAUUAUUCGGUGAUCUUGGGUACUGGGUGAUAAACUAGGGUGACAAAAUGCCGAAGAAGAAGACGGGGCAGAGGAAGAAGGCUGAGAAGCAGAAGAUGAGGCAAAAGGAGAUCAGAACCGCCAAAGAUCAGGUCGAUCUUGCCAAGAUGCCUUGCAAUGCGGUUAUGGAAUGUGACAAGUGCAAUAAAAAACAGAAGAGCAGGGCUUUCUGCUAUUUCUGUGGAACUGUUCAACGAUUGCCCAUCUGCGCACACUGUGGGAAAAUCAAGUGCAUGCUGAAGACAGGGGAUUGUGUCGUUAAACAUGCAGGAAUGUUCACCACUGGGAUGGGGAUGGUGGGAGCGAUUUGCGAUCACUGCGAAGCCUGGGUAUGCCAUGGAAGGAAAUGCCUGACUGUCCAUGCCUGUACAUGUCCCCUGAUCGACGCAACUUGUCAGGAGUGUGAACGAGGUGUCUGGGACCAUGGGGGAAGGAUAUUCCGUUGCUCUUUCUGCGAUUGUUUCCUCUGUGAAGACGAUCAAUUCGAGCAUCAGGCGUCGUGUCAAGUCUUGGAAGCAGAGAGCUAUAAAUGUCAAUCAUGCAACAAACUGGGACAAUACUCAUGCCUCAGGUGCAAAACCUGCUACUGCGAGGAUCACGUUCGGAGGAAAGGAUUCAAAUAUGAGAAAAAUAAAGCCAUUCCCUGCCCCAAAUGUGGUUUCGAGACAUCUCAAACUAAGGACCUCAGCAUGUCCACGAGGAGCCACAAAUUCGGGAGGCAAAACCAAGCUGGCUACGACUCCGAUGAGGAAGGAAAUAGCUAUGGCUAUUACGGGGGUAGUAGUUACAAUUACGGUGACAGCUAUGGCGAUGCAGAUGGUGGUAAUGAUGAUUCAGAGGAAGAGGAUGAUGACGAUGACGAGAACGAUGACGAGGAGGAUGAAACGUCAACGGAGUCCGACGAUGAGCAGGAGAAAUCUCAUGAUAAAGCCGGGGUGAAGAAAUAGCGAAAAUGUAGAUAUCUUUGAAUCGAUCGAAAAGGAAUGCUUGAAGAGUAUGGGAACAACUGGUAAAUUGUACAAUAACUUCUGGUGGCAAACUUGGAAAUAUUUGAAAAUUAUCCCAUUCGGUCUAUUUUAUUCUGAACAUCCUAUGUUACUAAGGACUAAUUACCCAGUACCGGAUUUAUGAUGUAAUAAUUUAUUACACGAUUUCUGAUGUAACAUUGAAUGCAUAAUAUAUUUUCCUGUACAUCUUUGAA